ACUGUGUCACAGGAGGCUUUCCCUCUCCUAUUACUCAGGGGCUCCAUUCAGUGUGUUAUCCCAUAGUAUAAGUGAGACAUCAGCGACAGCACUAACAGGGAUCAGCAGCUGCAGAGAGAGGGGGCGGACAGAUCAGAAUCUGAGAACAAUGGACUGGAAUGUUACAACAAUGGAUCAGAAUCUGAGAACAAUAGACGGGAAUGUUACAACCUUGGAUCAGAAUCUGAGAAAAAUAGACUGGGAUGUUAGAACAAUGGAUCAGAAUCUGAGAACAAUGGACUGGAAUGUUACAACAAUGGAUCAGAAUCUGAGAACAAUAGACUGGAAUGUUACAACAAUGGAUCAGAAUAUGAGAACAAUAGACUGGAAUGUGACAACAAUGGAUCAGAAUCUGAGAAAAAUAGACUGGGAUGUUAGAACAAUGGAUCAGAAUCUGAGAACAAUAGACUGGAAUGUUACAACAAUGGAUCAGAAUCUGAGAACAAUAGACUGGAAUGUUACAACAAUGGAUCAGGAUCUGACAACAAUAGACUGGGAUGUUACAACAAUGGACAGGAGUUUAUCCUCGGGUCUUUACUUUCUUACCAACUAUAGGACAACAUUACCAUAUCGGAUACUAGGUCUACUGUGGGUUAUUCAGGCUGGUUACUAUCCCAUUCUUGCUAUUAUUGGUGUUCCUGUUAACGUAGUGACGAUCUACGUCCUGCUUUAUAAAGAUUGUCGAUUGUCUCCAUAUGUCAGACGUUACCUGGGGGCCAUGGCAGUGGCGGAUCUACUGGUCAUUAUCCUCGACCUGAUAUUGAGACACAUUCCCACUGUUUAUCUGGAACAGUUUUUAUUCCUGUAUUCCAUCCCCGUGUAUCCUAAGCUGGAAAAGAAAUCAAAUGUGAAGGGAGUGAGAUCAGCAGUGGGCUUGUUCAUGUCUCGUUCUGCUAAUAUCUCAGGGACAACAUCUAUUGGACAAAACUUCUCUGUGUCUCCAAAGACAUUGUUUCAAGAGCGAAGCAACUGUGUGUCCGGAGAUGUUAAAACACUGCGAUGCCUUCCAAGGAACAAAAAAAUCAGCGUCCCCAGCCCAGAGCUCAUCCCGAUGUGGUACAAACCCCUGAGACAGCCGGAACCCCACACUUUUCUUCCAUUAUUUCUGCUGUCAGGAAUGUUUUACCUCGAUAAUCUCUUCAGUGAGGACUUUGAGCUAAAAGGCUGUGGUACUUUUGAUGAAUAUGAUGUGCUUUCUCUGGGAGCUGAAUGGUGCCAACUCUGGCAGAUGACAGUCGACUUUUUCCGAUUGUCCAAAUGCACUCGCCUUCUCUACCCAUUAUGA